UUCUUUAAUAAUAUUGCUAAAUUUUAUUUUCUUGCGAUUUUCCUAAUAAUACUUUAUUAUACAGUUGUUUUGUCUUAGUAUCUAACGAUUCUUAAUGAAAAAGUUUGUACGGAAGGAUCGUGAACAAUUUGUAUAUAUUUAUUUCAUUUAUUGUGUUAUUUGAACCAUUAUAUAUAUAAAUAUCACUAAUUGUUUUAAUAUUAAUUAAUGUUUUAAUUUUUAAUUUAUUCAAUUUUCAUUAAUAAUAAUUAUAAAUUCGCAAUAAUUUCACCAACUUUUCAUAAAAAUUUCACAAUUUCAUAAAAAUUAUAUAUAUAAAUAUUAAAAAGAAACAAAGAGGAAUAAUAAAUUCGAAUUUAUUAUUUAUUUAUUAUAAUUUAAUAUACUAUAUGAUUGAUUAAAUAUAAUGAAAAUACAAAAAAAUGUAUUGAAAAUAUAAUAAAUAAUAAUAUUGGAAAGUUAAAACUUAUUUUCUUAGUUUAUUGCACAAAUAAUAUAUAUCUAUUUUUAUUAUUAAUUUUUAUUUAUAUAAUUUUAUUUUUAUUUGUAUAAAAACAUUUAGAAUGAUUUUUGAUGAAAAUAUUUAAUAUGAUGUCACAAAAUACAAUUUACUUAGACACAGAAUUACGAAAAUUAAAACCAGCAGAAUUGUAUAUACUUUCUCAAAUAUUAAAUAUAUCAGAUUCAUGGAAAAAAUUAAUGGCAAUUAUACCAAAGGAUGAUAUGUCUAAUCUUCCAAAAUUUAAUUCUGAACAUUUCAGUAUGAUUGAACAAGCUGCAAAUCAUCAAAGAAGUGCAGCAGAAAUAUUUUUAUCAGAAUGGGGCACAAUGGGUAAAAAAAGACCAACAUUAAGUGUUUUAUUGAAUUUUUUAGUAAAAGCAGAAUUAUUUAGAGCAGCUGAUUAUGUAGCUAAAGAUUUAUUAAAUGUAAAAGUUCCCGAACGACCAAAAUAUGGACCAGCAACACCUGUAGAUAUUUCGGAAGAAAUGAAAUUAUUAGAAGAAAAAGAGGAACUUGAAAAUCUUAAUUUCAAUGAAUCUUUAAUAUUUAAAUUACCUUCUGAAGAUGUUGAUAAUAAAACAAUUAAUUCCAAUGCAAUUAAUGACAGUUCUUUGGAAAGAAAUAUACAAUUAACAAAAUUGAUUUUUUCAAAAGAACAACAUAGUAAUGAACAAUUAGAAAAUAAAAAAACAUUAAAUACACAAAUGUUUGAUUUAAUGAAAUUUAGUCUUGAACAAAAUGAAGAAUGUAGCAAGCAAGAACAAAUAUUUAAACAAAAAGAAAUGUUGUCUCAUGAGCUACCUGUGUUUUUAAAUGAAUUUAAACAAUCUGUAGAACAAACGAAAUUAUAUCAAGAAGUAUUAUCGGAGGAACUUCCAAUUUUUGUGAAAAAUAGUACAAUUGCAAUAAAUCAAAAUUUAUCAAAUUAUGAUAUAGAUGAUUCGCUGAAUUUGUCUAAUUUAAAUAUUAAUAGAAAUGAAAUAAUUACCACUGAAUUGCCUCAAUGUGUUGUUGAAUUUCAUGUAAAUAAUGAAUUUAAUUCAAAUAAUAAGAAUAAUUGAGUUUACAAAAAUUACAAUUAGUCUAUUGAGUAAUAU